AGUUUUAAAAUAGUGGAAAUUGUUCAGAACUACAGGUACUACUAAGCCACUUGGGUGUGUAUAUCCGAUUUCUUUCCUAAUAAAAAGUGAGCUGAUUAUAAUAAUUUGAAACAAUAAACAUUAUUAUCAGUGACUUGUGAUACUGAUUACUUCGAUUAUCUCCGGCGUUGCCGAGUUGAGUAGAAAUUCCUUCAGUUGAUUGAAAUUGUAUAGCGGUUAAUAUGGAGGCGAGCAUCACCCUGGAGAGUAUUUAUGAAGAAUUGUCGAAGAUCAAAGGGGAAAUCCUGAAUACUGUUAAAGCGUCUGAAGCUCGACUCCUAAUGUCCAUAACUGCCUUAAAUGCAAGGGUCCAUGAAUUAGAUGAGGAUAAUAGGCGUCUCAGAGCAGAGGUUGAAGAACUGAAGAGGAGGGAGAGAAAGAACUGUGUCGUGGUGUUUGGACAUGCGAUUGAGAGGAAGGCACUAACUCUGGAGAGUAUAUGUGGGUGGUUGAAGGCCCUAUUAGGUAUACAAGUCGAAUAUAGGGAUAUAAGCGACUUUUAUACACUGGGACGUAAAGAAUCUAGUCCGCUAAAAAUUGAGUUUGCAACUUAUUGGCUAAAACAAAAGGUACUGAAGAGUUGUAGGAACCUGAAGGGGACAGGUGUCGUUAUAACCGCUGACUUAACUGAAAUGCAGAGAGAGGAGUACAAGAUUUUGAGACGACAUUUGCUCCUGGCUAAGCAGGAUACCCGGAAUGAAUGUUUUAUAAAGCGUGAUAGAUUGGUAAUCAAUGGUGAAGCUUAUAACGUGGCAGAACUCGAAAGACGACAGAUAGAAAUGUCGUACAGGGAGGAGGCCAGGCCAAGCAGCUGUCCUGCGACACCGAAGACUUCUAAGACUGAUACUGUCUCGGAUACUGUGAACCGGGGUGUGCCAUCGCAGGUGCAGUCGAAAUUGGUGGAAGCGAAAACUGAUAAAACUGAUGGGACUGAUGCGGAUCGGACAACUGGCGUGCAGAGUAGGCGUGAACCCAAAAAACCAUUUACUCGCAGUGAUUCCAUAUCCACCAGGAAAUUAGCGGCGAGAGUAUGGAUAAAUACAUUAGAGAUUUCGAUGUUGACAAGAUUGCCACUUAUACAUUGGACACUGUUGAUGAAUGUAGUCAGGUGUUAAAAGUGAAUGAAAACCAUGUAAACUUCAAGGUUCUGCAAAUGAAUGUAAGAAGUCUAGGUAAGCACCUAGAUGAAUUUUUAAUAGUGUUACAACAAUUAGAUGUUGAUAUUGAUUGCAUUAUUUUUAGUGAGACUAGAGAAUUGGUUGAUUUGAAACUCUUCAAUGUUGAUGGCUAUGACUUAAUUUAUGACGAAAGUAUCAAUAACAAGAACGAUGGAGUGGUUGCCUAUGUAAAAUCAUGUUAUAGUUUCACACACCGGGUAAAAAUAAUUUCCCCUGAACAAAAGCUUUUACACAUUUGCCUUAAUUUUGGUAUGAAAGAGAAAAUUGUAAUUGAAUCACUUUAUAGGUCGCCAAACUCUGACCCGCAGGAUUUCAACACUAAUUUAUUCAGGUAUUUAGAUGAGCAUGUGUCAACUUCUGAUGUGUCGCUAUUUUUGGGUGAUAUCAACUUAGACUUGCUGUGUCCUGAUGGUGUUCAUGUGGCGGAGUACUUGGACACCAUGGCUGAGUUCGGCUACUUAUCCGCUAUCAAUGCGCCAACUAGAGUGCAGGGUAACAGCAAGACUUGUCUGGAUCACAUCUUUUUCAAAGCAAGGGAUCCGGCCCUGAAGGACAACAUUG